AUGGAGGACUAUAACACGAUGAACAAUUCAAGUAACAUAUCUCUUCAACACCCUACAGCGUUCCAUCAACCGAAAUAUAAAUUGGCCUCACAACUUGUUCCUAUUGCCGUUUCAAUCAUCAUAGCGAAUGGAGUCGUGUUUUAUCUUUUCGGCAAAAUGAGGAGUCUGCGCACUCCUGCAAAUUAUUUCUUGCUGAGCCUUGCUAUAAGCGACAUCAUGACGGGGCUGAUAAAUAUUCCAUUGCUCCUGGUUUUGGUUCAUCUGUCUCCGCUUAGUCCGUCGUUUUCUGUGAUUUACUGCACCUCAGAAGUCUUCCAUUACGUGAUUUCAAUUUCGAUAGCUUACCACAUCACUGCUAUUACUAUGGACAAAUAUCUCGCCGUUGUCAACCCCUUUGGACGUUUCUUGAUGAGCAAGAAAACAGUGAGGAAGGCAUUAUCAUCCGUAUGGCUUUGCUCAGCGUUCUUGGGGUCAGUACCUGCAACUUGGUGGGAUUCAUGGCUCGCAUUGGACUCUUUCGCUUUAUAUUUACAAGCUGGACACAUUAUUUUCUGUCUUUGCGUAGUGUUUUUUGUUCCGUAUAUGUUUAUCCUUUAUGCCUACGGCGUUAUGUUCAAAGCAGUAUCUAUGAAGCGGUCGUCAAAAGAAUCAUCUGUCCAGAAAGAUUCCCGUGCAUUUAAGAGAGCUAACAACGAAAGGAAAUGCCUCAUAAUUCUGCUCGUAAUGGCGACUGCUUUUGCGAUUUGUUGGAUACCCUGGUUCACUUUAAGAUUAAUCAUCGCUGUCUCCACGACUGGAUGGAUAGAAAUCAAAGAUCAGGCUUCUUUUUUAGAAGCAUCCCAAAUGUUUGUCAUCGUCAGAUAUAUCAGCUCUGCCGUUAAUCCUUUAUUGUACACAUUCUUCAAACAAGACUUUUGGAGUGCUUUUAAAAUUGUCACAUUGAAAAGGAAUUCCCGAAUUCCAUCCAUGACUCCAUCAAUCAGACUAACAAUAACACAAAGAUAUCGAGGCGCAGGGAAACACGAGAAUCAUCUAGUAAGGGACAGCAUUGACGAAAUUCAACAAUCAGCCGUCUAA